UUUGUUUUUUUUUUCUUUUGAUCUUUGAAACUACCGAUGGAAUGAAUACAUUGGCAAAAGCUGGAAGGUACAAAAUUACAGCUCCAAACAAGUUGUAACAGACAAGGGCCCUAAUUGCCAAUGAGGUAUCCUAUAUUGUUUGCUUUUUACUCAUAAAGUUACAUUCCAAAGAAAAAGAAGGAAUAAAUCCCACUUCCACCAACCUAUAAGAAUAUCACUCCCACUAACUCUGUUUCUCCUCUGUUACCACUCUGCCCCAAAACAGAGCAAAACAGAGGAUCCACUCCACCACUACUCCUAAUGGAUCCUCCACCCCUCUCUGCCACCACUCAAAAAAACCAUCCUGACUCAGUAGAGUCUUUCUCUCCACGUUCCCGAAACUCGGAAACGUGGAAUGAUGAGACUCUACCGGCCGUUCCUGGCGCUAAGCUGCGCCUCAUGUGCAGCUACGGUGGCCACAUCAUGCCACGCCCUCACGACAAGUCUCUCUGCUAUGUCGGCGGUGACACGAGGAUCGUCGUUGUGGACCGCCAUUCGUCGUUGAAAGACUUGUGUGCAAGGCUUUCCCGAACCAUUCUCAAUGGAAGACCCUUCACACUCAAGUACCAGCUUCCCAAUGAAGACCUUGAUAGCCUAAUCACUGUUACCACUGACGAAGACCUUGACAACAUGGUGGAAGAGUAUGAUCGUAUAAUGGCAAAAGGUUCGGCUUCUUCGCGGCUCAGGUUGUUCUUGUUCUUCACCAAACCUGAGGCCACAGUUUCAAUGGGGUCACUCCUUGAUGAUUCCAAGUCAGAGACAUGGUUUGUUGAUGCACUUAACAACUCUGGCAUGAUAUCAAGAGUGGUGUCAGAUUCUGCUGCAGGGGAUUCCUUUGUUAACCUUGAUGGUGUUGGUGUUGGUGUUGGUGUUGGUGUUAGUGCUAGUGGUUCAAGCAACAACUUGGAGGCUUUGCCUGAUGCUAACAACUGCAAGGUUAAGAAUUUGCCUGAAGUGGUGCAAGUGCAAUCAACACCUGGUUCACCUAUGAUGGAGAACAACAGUUCUUCUUCUCCUUCUUUCUCUCCUUCUCUAGCUAAUCUACCUCCGAUUCGGGUUCGUGUUGAUGACAAUGGUAGUAGGCUUCAUCAAGAGAACAAGGUCGGGAUGGUGGUGGAGGAGCAGUUUGCUCAGAUGACAAUUGCAAGUGGGGUGAAGCCAGAUGAUGGAUUGGUGAAUGUUGUUUCUUCUACAGUGCCUGUGCCUGUAAUUCCUGCAGCUGUGACCAUGGCAUCAGUUGGGGUGAUUACUACUAGUGAUAAUGUGAUGAAUAGAGUUGUUUAUGAGGAUGAGAGGUCAGAUCCUGGGUUUCGGAAGCCCCCUUUGCCAAUGCAGCUUGUGCAGCCUAGGACUAGUGGUGGCGUGGGUUUGCCUUCUCCUGAUUCAGUAGCAAGUGAUAGUAGUAUUGCAUCUGCAAAUUCUUUCUCCAAGACUGUUUACUACCAAGAUCAAGUCCAAGCCACACUACUAGACAACAAAGUUGUUGCUGCUAUGCCAAAUGCAAAGAGUGAAAUAUCUGAUCAGAUGAUUCAGGUCCAAGGACAACUUCAAGAUUCUGGCUACACAUUACCCCCACAAUUGGAUCAAACCAAGCAACAAUUCCAGCAGCAGCAGCCAUUGAUCCAUGCCAACAAUCACUACAUCCACCACCCUGCAGCCACAGGUCCAGUGCCAGUUUCAUCAUACUACCCAGUUUAUGCCCCACCACCACAACUACAACAACUUCACCCUCAUAUAAGUCAACAACAGUACCCAGUUUAUGUGAUGCCUGUUGGACCUACACAAGUAACACAACCCUACAACAUGGCAUUGCAGCACAAUAUUUCUGACCCUAAUGUGGUAGCUUCAAGCAGGCCAUUAAUGCCACAAAGUGUUGUUACCUCAGCAGCAUACAAAGAUGGUACUCCACCUAUUUACUCCACCAAGUCACUUAGCCCAACUAUGGCUCCAUCAAAUCCUGGAUAUGCUCCAAUACCUACCAACCAAUUUCAGCCACAGUAUGUGGGUUUGUCUCAGUUCCACCAUCAACCACAGUCCAUUGCUGUGGCUCCCUCUAGUACUACUACUACUACUACUAAUUAUGGCUAUGAAUAUGGUGGCCAUUUGCAAGAUCAAGCUUACUACACUCAACAACAAACCACUAAUGCUACAUUGCUUCCUCAGUACCAAUCCAUGACCCCAGCUGCAGCUGCUGCAGCACUAUCAGAUGCUUCAAAACAGUUUCCUGCAGACAACAUUCAGCAGCCAAAUAGAGCAUCACAACCAGUAUGAACCAAAAGUGGAAGAAAAAUGAAUGAAUGAAUGAAUGAGUUUGGUGGAGGCAUGUAGGGGAGGGGUGGGGUGGGGUGAGAGGGGUAAUUGGACUUUACUUUCAUUUUUUAACCAUGAACAUAUGGACCCUACUUUCUACAGAAAAAAAAAAAAAAUAAGGACUAAAAUCAUAGGUUAUUUCUUUUUGUUAUCUAUGUGGAAAUGAAUGACAUGUAAGAUGAUAUUUUGCAAACAGCUAAUUUCUGGUCAUCACAAUUUACUCAGUUGAAUAAAGCAAGUUGCUGCCAUUAGCUUUA